CUCAAGUGUUUACUGUCAAGUGAACUGUGCAAAUGAGUCCAGACAGGUAAAAAUGAAGAUUGUUACUUGGAAUAUCAACGGUAUACGGACAUUUAAGAAUGCAGUCAAGAAAACAUUGGAUUCAUUUGAUGCUGAAAUUAUUUGUGUCCAAGAAACAAAAGUUACAAGGGACCUACUUGAUGAAAAAACAGCAGUUGUAGAAGGGUAUAACUCCUACUUCAGCUUCAGUAGAGGACGCAGUGGUUACUCAGGGGUGGCAACCUUUUGCAAGGACAGUGCCACUCCGUUUGCUGCAGAAGAAGGAUUGACAGGCCUCUUGACCAACAAUGGGGAAGCGGUUGGGUGCUAUGGUGACCAGAAAGAGUUCUCCACUGAGGAGCUGCAGUUGCUCGACAAUGAGGGGAGAGCUGUCAUUACACAACAUCAAAUUAGGGGUCCAGAUGGACCACAGACACUGGCGGUUGUGAAUGUGUACUGUCCCCGGGCUGACCCAGAGAAGCCUGAGCGCAAACUCUUCAAGCUGCAGUUCUACCAGCUGCUGCAGGCGCGGGCUGAAGCACUGCUGGCAUCUGGGUGCCAUGUGAUUGUUUUGGGCGAUAUCAAUACUUCCCACCGGCCCAUAGACCAUUGUGAUCCUGAUGACAUUGACAAUUUUGAGGACAACCCUGGCAGGAAGUGGCUCAACGGUUUCCUGUUUGGGGUCACAGAGGAGGAACAGGACGUCGAGCCAGACCAUGAUCCCGACUCCUCCAGGAAGGAGGCCGUGUGCGGCGGGAAGUUUGUGGACACAUUCCGCUUCUUCCACCCCUCCCGUCCGCAGGCCUUCACCUGCUGGAACACGCUCACGGGAGCGCGGCAGACCAACUACGGCACGCGCAUCGACUACAUCUUCGGCAGCCGUGCCCUGGUGGAGACACACUUCGUAGGAGUGGACAUCAUGCCCGAGGUGGAGGGAUCGGACCACUGCCCUGUCUGGGGGCACUUGGGUUGCGAGCUUGUGCCCAGUGCCCGCUGUCCUCCUUUCUGCACGCGCUACUUGCCCGAGUUUGCCGGCAAGCAGCAGAAGCUCUCCCGCUUCCUGGUCAAGAUGGCCGACCAGAAACCAAACGCGGUUGAGUGCAAAGAAGCCAAAGACACAGCUCUUCCUGGCUCCCAGGAAACAGAGGAGAUCCGAGAGAACCUGCGCCCCCUCGGUUUGGGGGCCAGUGCCGGGAGGAAACGGGGGGCUGAUGGGAUAGUAGAGUCCUCCGUGCCAAAGGGAAAGAAGAGCAAAGUGGCAAAGGCAGCACCAGCAAAACCUCAGGGAAGCCUUCUGGCCUUCUUCAAACCUAAAGGGCCUACUGCAGAGCACAAACCAAAGACCUCCGCUGAGCUCACAGAUCGGGCUACUGCAGAAAACCUCAACAGCUCAGCCAACGGACAUGCAGGGAGGAAUAAUGACUCCCCACUGGUGUCUGGACCUAAUAUGAAUAAUCCAAGUGGUAAGGGAGUUCCUGACCAGAGCCGACUGGUAGAGGUAAGGAGUCCGGAGCCAGAUGAGGGUGGAGCUGCACUUCCGGCAGAGGGCGGGGAUUCAAAAAAAGAGGCGUGUUUGCCUAGUUUCUGGAAAACAGUCCUACGAGGUCCACCGCAGCCACCUCCGUGCAAGGUCCACAACGAGCCCUGCGUCCUGCGCACCGUGAAGAAGGCGGGACCCAAUAUGGGCCGUCAGUUCUUUGUGUGCGCCAGACCACAAGGCCACGCCUCCAAUCCCCAAGCCAGGUGCAACUUCUUUGUUUGGGUGGACAAAGGGAAGUAGACGGGAAAUCCCAGACAUCCAUAACGACUACUGUUUACUGUCACACAAUCACACCAUACCUGUGCAGGAUGUUUUAAUAUUGCGAUACUGGAGCAAAUGAUCUCAGAUUGUUAUAUGAAAAGACCUCCCGUUAUGCUGUCAUUGAAAAUUCUGUACAGGUUCAUUGAUACUAGUCAGUUAUUCGUUUUAGCAACAGUUUGGUCACAUCAAGACUGUUUGAGAGCACUUAUGGUUUUAUUUGCAGCUAUUUCUAAUUUUUGUACAGUACUGUAAGUAAAGACCUUAAAAACAUAGAUUUGUUGACUAACCUACUAACUACUUUUUUAUCUUCCAGUCUUCAUAAAUGAUAAUAAAUGAAGUG